CUGCCCUGCCCUUUCUCUUGUCCCUGCAGGCUCCAGUUUUGCUUGUGCCUUCCAGGCGUGAUCAUCCCAGGCUGCAGGAGAGCAGCAAAUGGCCACAGCACAUCCGUGUCAGGAGCCCGUGAGCUUUGCGGAGGUGGCCGUGUAUUUCAGCAGGGAGGAGUGGGCGCUGCUGGACCCUGCGCAGCGAGCGCUCUACCGGGACGUGAUGCUGGAGACGUACCAGUGCGUGGCCUGGCUGGCUCCACUUCCAGCCCCCAAGCCCGGGCUGAUCUCCCUGCUUGAAGGAGGGGAAGACCCCUGGAUCCCAGAUGUGCGUAGCCCGGAGGCCGUGCCAGGAGACCUGAGCCCAGCAGGAACUGGGAUUACAGAUAUACUGGAGGAUGUGCAGGAAAGUGGUGUGGCCGAAAGGUGGUGGGGUAGUGCCUGUGUGGGAGAAAUCAGAAGGGAUGUCGCAGGAGGCCUGGAGCAAGGUCAGGGUGAGCACAUCAAGAAGGCACUGGGAAAGCAUCUGGAAGAGAAAGGAAGGAGCCCACUGCACUUCAACAUAGGUGAAAAGCAGGCGGAAGGACCCAGGAGCAAGGAUGUGUGUCUGAUGAAAAAGCAGAAUCCAUGCACUGAGUGUGGGAAAAGCUUGGAAAUAAAUUCCAGUGUCAUUAACCACCAGUGCAUGCACGCAACGAAGAGCCUGUACAAGUGCUCUGAGUGUGGGAAGAGCUUCAAAUGGAGAGCCAAACUGACAUGCAUCCAAUGCAUUAACGCAGGAUGGAGACCCUACAAGUGCUGUGAGUGUGUGAAGAGCUUCAACAGCAGUUACAACCUUACCCGCCACCAACGCAUCCACACAGGAGAGAGACCCUUUCAGUGCUCUGAGUGUGGGAAGGGCUUCAACAGCAGUUGCAACCUUACUUGCCACCAACGCAUCCACACAGGAGAGAGACCCUUUCAUUGCUCUGAGUGUGGGAAGUGCUUCAAACGCCCUUCUGACUUGAAGCAGCACCUGCGCAGGCACAGACAGGAGAGACCCUUUCAGUGUUCCGCGUGUGGGAAGAGCUUCAAAAGAAGAUGCGAGUUAAAGCUGCACCAGCGCAUCCACUCAGGGGAGAGGCCCUGCAAGUGCUCAGAGUGUGGGAAGAGCUUCAGCAGAAGUUCCCACCUCACCUGCCACCAACGCAUCCACAAAGGAGAGAAACCCUUUCAGUGCUCUGAGUGUGGGAAGGGCUUCAAAACGAAGUUUGAAUUGAAGCUGCACCAGCGCAUCCACACAGGGGAGAGACCAUACAAGUGCUCUGAGUGUGGGAAGGGCUUCAAAAGCAAUUCUAACCUCACAAGCCACCAUCGCAUCCACACAGGAGAGAGACCCUUUCAGUGUCCUGAGUGUGGGAAGAGCUUCAAACGCAGUUCUGAAUUGAAGCAGCACCAUCACAUCCACACAGGACAGAGACCCUUUCAGUGUCCGGAGUGUGCAAAGAGCUUUAAACGCAGAUCUCAUCUCAACACUCACAAGCUCAUCCACAGAGCACAACGGCUGUAGAAGCACCCCAAGACU